GAGCAUCGUGAGGCCAGAAUAGCAAUCGGAGAUAUGCGCAAUGCAGCAAGCACAACAUCAACCAUCGAAUACGACUUUGAAAGGAAACAUGAAGAUCUUAGGGAAGAAAUAAUGGAUAGAGACGAGCUGUACAAGAGUCGAGUGAUUUCAGUGCGCAAAGUUACGAUCGAAGAUCAAGAAACAGAUGCCAACAAGCUUGAUGAAAUUGUUGUAACCAAGAAUUUGGACAAAAGUAAUAGAGCGAUUAAAGAGAAACGGUCUACGAAUCUUUCAAAUUGGACCAAAGUUGAAUGGAGUAGGAUUCUAAAAGUAUUAGACUACUCACAAUUAUUUAUCAAAUCAAGAAAGAAGCUAUGCAAAGACAAAAUUGAUGAGAAUCAGUCAUUAUCAGACCUAAAAUCAUGGGGAGAUAAGUUUACAAAUUUGGAACCAUCUGAAGAUGCGAAAUUGACUGUUAGUAUUAUUGAGUUUUUCUGUCUUUGUUUACGAAGGGAGAUCAAUAUCUUAACCAUAAAACACCGAGAACAGGACUAUGUUGUUAAGAUUCUUAGUCCAAUAAUUGGAUUUCUAAUUAAAGAAUUCAACAUUGGUACCUUUGAACUUAAUUGUUAUCAAAUAGAAUUACUAUCUUUAGAAGCUGGAAAUACUGAAGGGCCCAUGGAUGAUACAAAAUUUCGAGAGGAUCAUUCAAAAAUGAAGGUGAUGAUGAAAGAUAGUUUGAGUGCAUUUUGGAGUAGUUUACAUUUUAGAAAAGAUGAACUUAAAGAAGUCUAUAUAAUAGGCAUUCAAGUAACAGGCAAUAAAUGGACUAUCCAUUCUCUCACAUAUGACGAUUCAGUAAAUUUUUAUUUUUUCACUGAGAUAGCUACAUUAACAUUACCAACAACACUAUCUGAUAUGGAAGGUCUAUUACCAGAUUUUUUGGAGAACAUUCUUGCGUUAAGGCAUACACUAAUUGAUUUAGCUGCAACGAUUCAAAAGAUUGCCAAAAAAAAAUUUACUACACCAUCUCCACCAUUCUCACCAUUGCACGCAACAUCGGAUACUCCUUCUAUAAAAAAGCAGAAGAUAGAUCCUUUUUAUAUUUUAGACAAUUUAUAUGAUUUCAAUCAUUAA